UGCUAAUGUUGUUUCCUCGCUUAUUCUGGUACCGCCGACCGCAAGAAUUUACCAAUCCCUCAAAUUGCGAACUUUUCCAAACAGAACCGAAACCUGGUUCCUCCCAGGAACAUUGCUCUUCUUUGCCUCUACUCAGCGUUGACCUACCAGCAUAGUAAUCCGGUUAUAUAACUACCGUAGUUCGCGACGUCAGAGAGGAUUUCAUUGUUUUUUUGAUUGACAGGUUGAAUAGAGCCCGCCCUCCCGCACGCCUAGUUUUCUCUCUCAGUCUCCCAGACCAAUUUACCUGGACUAACUAGAAAGUCCAGUUUCUCAAGUUAGUCCUUGAAAACACCUGAGAGUCCUGUAGGCAACAUGGACCUGGACAGUAAACGACUGGUGGUGGUGGUACCCAAUGACGUGAUGGGGCCCUCUCGCAGAGUGUCAAGCAGCGAGGACGAAGCAUGGAGGAGCUACCUGGAGAACCCGCUGACCGCGGCCACCAAGGCCAUGAUGAGCAUCAACGGAGACGAAGACAGCGCGGCAGCACUGGGACUGCUCUACGACUACUACAAGAUUCCCAGAGAGCGGAGAUGUGCCGUAAGCGGCGUUAAACCCACGGAGCCCCCUCCGGGCGGGCAGGAGAACUGCGGCAGCCUGGAGAUGCUCGAUUGCCAUCUCCAGGCUCUCCGUUCCAUGCCCGUCAACCUCUCCCUGAACAACCCCGCCGCUGCAGGACAUCAGGGCUCCAGGCAGGGCGCUGCCUUCCUCGCGGGGGAAGCCAGGGGUGGAGAGGGUAAAGGUGGAGGGGUGGCCGCUCUGGUGAAGACAGAGGGCCUGGCGUCCAACUCUGGGGAGACCUACCGAGAGGAGCCCAGAGCGGAGGUCCGGAGGGCGUACGGACACAACCACUAUGAUUUGUCCCGCGUCGGGUUCUUGAAGGAGGAACAGCGGGGCACUCCAGACAGCACAUAUGAGGAGGCUGUCGGAGAAGGAGAGAUGUACCACAGGAGACCCUCCUCUGCAAUUGAUGAAUUCCACUGCAGCCCACAGGGUGGCAGCUUCCAGUACUGUCUGGAGGCCUGCAUGUCGCUGCGGCCGUGGCAGGGGGAAGGACCCAUGGCCUACCUGAACCGGGGACAGUUCUACUGUUUGACCCUGUCCAAGGUCGGCUUCGCAUCGUCCCAACGUCAGCCCAGAGGGAAAGUGCGGGUGAGUGGACCCACGCCGUCACGGGGGCCCGAUGGGGGCGUGUCCAGUAAUGCGCAAUGCACCAUGGGAGGCUCUGAGCUGCAGCGGGACAGUAUUGUACAGAGUGUUGUCAUGGUUGUCUUCGGGGAAGACAAGUGCAGAGACGAGCAGCUGAAGAAUUGGAAAUACUGGCACUCCCGCCAGCACACUGCCAAACAGAGAGUCCUGGACAUUGCCGACUACAAGGAGAGCUUCAACACUAUCGGGAACGUGGAGGAAAUUGCCUUCAAUGCCGUCUCCUUCACAUGGGACGUUGGCGAAGAAGCUCAGGUCUUCAUCUCUGCAAACUGUCUGAGCACGGACUUCUCCUCGCAGAAGGGCGUGAAGGGGAUGCCUCUCAUAAUCCAGAUUGACACCUACAGUUACAACAGCUGCAGCAGCAGGCCCAUCCACAGGGCCUUCGCUCAGAUUAAGGUCUUCUGCGACAAGGGCGCUGAGAGGAAGCUUCGUGAUGAGGAGAAGAAGCAGCUUAGGAAGAGGAUGAAAGGGAAACAUGGCAACACAGUACAGACCUCUCCCUGUAAGAGGCCUGAAAACACGCUGUUCAAAACCAUGAUGGACCUGGAUUCUCAGCCUGUGCUCUUCAUUCCUGACGUCUACUUUGGAAACCUGCAGAGAGCCGGCCAGGUUUUUGCUUUCAACACGGAAGAGGACAACAGAGAUGGAAGUGUUCUGGUGAAAAGGAUAUCCGCUGCCGCUGAGGAAGAGGUCUGUCCACCCCAGCCCAAGAAGUCCAAAGUGGAGGUGCAAAGGAAAGUUCUGCUGUAUGUGAGGAAGGAGUGUGAUGAAGUGUUUGAUGCACUGAUGCUGCGCACCCCGACCCUAAAGUCCUUGAUGGAGGCAAUCUCUGAGAAAUAUGCAAUACCUGUGGACAAGAUGGUCAGAGUUUACCAAAAGAGCAAAAAAGGGGUUCUGGUGAACAUGGAUGACAACAUAAUCCAGCACUACUCCAACGAGGACACCUUCAUCCUGGCUAUCGAGGGCUCAGCAGAGUCUUUGCGCGUGACUUUGUCAGAAAUCUGACUGAUAUUGGCCACGGGGCUGCAACGCCCCCCCUGGUCAGUUCAGGAUGAUCACGGGUGGCAGACGCUUUGGCCAUUGCUUGCAGUGUGAGACGAUGGGGCCCAAUGUGCUCUUUGAGGAAGUGCACGUAGGAGUCUCUAAUGUCCUACGUGGAUCAUUGGCUAAACUCUUUCAUUGGGAACGCAGACAUGUCUUUGAAACUUCAGCGCUUCUGUGAUAUUUCCUGGCUGACCGCUGGCGCAAGUCGUGAUCAGUCGAUUGAACUUGUACAUACUUCAGAGGAGAGGCUUUUACUCAGGUCAGCACAAAGCAUCCAGCCAGCCUGCUGGGGUUUCACAGGAAGAAGACGACACAAUAUCCAGGCGUCUAAUUGAAUUAACAGCAGGGGGCUGCUGCUUGCUUCCCCAGCCCUGUGGGCUCUUCAUGUGAUUUGAAAUGUUUGGAAAGCUCUCGCUUCAAAGCAAGUCAAUGCGAUGUUUUUUGCUGGCACUCAACAUAUCAAGGUAAAUGAUGUGAUGUUUUGUAUGUAAAUAAUACUUUUUAGAUGUGUCUCAAAUAGCUGUCAUGUGACGAUUGUAAGUCAAAUGUAAUUGCCUUUUCUCUGUGGGUUGUGCAUCUUUUUAAUCCAUUUGCUCCACUUGCUGCACUGUCAGAUAGUGAUGACAGGAUGAGACGCUGUUAUGGAGCAGACACUGAGUCUCCAGGAUGCUGUUAAACAGUUUGCUUCCUCUGUGCAUGUGGUUAUUGCCUUUCCUUCCACAGAGGAGACUAUCUGUAUCUGUAUAUAUUCCUUUACACAUCCACUGCAUACAAUCUGUGUUCAUCUCGCGGAAGGCGUCGGUAUCUUUCAUCUGCUCUGUUCACCAUGAUGUACAGUCUUUGAAAUUGAUAAGUUUUAUAAGCAGUCACUUGUUUUCUUUUUACCACUUUCUAAUAACCCUUUUAAAGGUUAUAUAGUUUGUAAUGAAUGGCUUUGUUAUCAGUAAAUAUUUAGCUCCUAAUAUUUAUAAAUCAUGUAUACACAACAAGAGCAUAUUUUGGUUAACUGAUGAAAAUACAUUUUUUUAUUCAUUCUGUUUGGUAAUAAAGACAAUUUAUAAAUUCGUAAGUGGUCUAGAUCAGCUGAAGAGAGCAGUUGGCAGCGACCAGCGGGGGACACAACUUUGGACUUGUACAGUGAAGUGUUAAGAGUAGGUGAUAAACAUGAUGGAACCAACCGUUUUACAAUUAUGUCGACGUGUCAGUGUGAUAAUGUUCACAUUAAAAACGUUUGUAUUGGGUGUAAAAUGAAUAAUGUAUCAAAAUAGCAUAUGAUAGUGUAUUUUAGGAAAGUAAUGGCGAGGUCUUUUCAUAGCCGGGCACGAAAUUAAAAUUUUAUCAAAAGUCAUAAUUGUACUGUGACGUUUUACUAUAAUUUUUAGUAUAACAAGAAAAUUGAGAGUUAGUCAUCGUAUAGUAUCCCCAAAAAAUCUAUGGUAUUGUCUUAAAAAAUAUAUAAUAAUUGAAGUCAUGACAAAGUCAUAGUAUGUCAAGAGUCAAGGAAAAGAUAAAUGUCCAAAAAAGGUUACGGCAAAAUGUGAUGAACCAAAAGUUAAAACGUCAGAAUGAGAUUUUCAUGUCAAUUUUUAUACACUAUGUGAAAAAAAGCCAUACAAUAUCAUUUUAAAUGAGGUCAUAGUAUAGUGUUGAAAAGUGUCAUCAAAUAGUUAAAAGUAUAGUAUUUCAAAAAGUUUUGGUAUAGUCUUUUUAAAAAGUCCUAUUAUAAAAUUAUGACUAAACUGCCAUAAGCCCGUUAUGUUGAAAUCAAGACAUCGUGGUAUUGUAUAAAAAAAAAUAUUAUUCUAUUCAGUCUAUUAGUCUAUUCAGUCAAAAAAUGAAAAUGUCCCAUUUUAGCAAACCAAACUAUAUUAUAGUAUUAUAUAUUAAAAUGAACCAGACGUGCUUGCAGACAAUACAUUGUAAAUUUAAUUCUUGCUUUUAAAAGUUGACCAAAAUACAGAAUCUUGUGUUCCACAGUCACUAAAUACAAGAUACCAUACAAAACCUACAAAAUGCAACAAUUACAAACAUUUUGUUCAACAGAUAAUUGUACAGUAUAAAGUUUUACAAUACUGUUUUGUUUUUAUUUGGCACUUGACCACAAGAUGCUAUUUUGUGUUUUACCGGAAAUAUUACACUUGACUUUGCUUUUUUUAUCUU